CACAGCUGCACCGCCUGGAGCAAGGCCAGGAGCUGGGUGUCCCUGGACGCACUGGGGGACCCCACUGGGGCGGGCACAGCCGGGGGUCCAGGCGGAGGGCCCGGGGGCGGGGCUCUGGGAGGAGCUGACCCGGCCCCUCCUCCCUCCGGCAGCCCCACCGCCGCGCUGGGCCCGGGGACACUGGCUCUGAGCAGGGGACGCACUGGCCCAGCCGCUCCAGGUCGCCAUGGACACUGAAGGCCUGCCGCUCCUGCUGCCCCCCGGCACGCUGGCAGCCCUGGCUGACAGCUGGCUCCGAGAGGACUGCCCAGGCCUCAACUUCACAGCCCUGGCCACCGGAGCGGGCCCCUCACAGGCCGCACUGUGGGCCAAAUCCCCUGGAAUCCUGGCUGGACGCCCUUUCUUCGAUGCCAUCUUUGCCCAGCUCGACUGCCGGGUCUCCUGGUUCCUCCCCGAGGGAUCGAAGCUGGUACCUGUGGUCAGGGUGGCGGAGGUCCGGGGCCCUGCCCACCGCCUGCUGCUGGGGGAGCGGGUGGCCCUGAACACGCUGGCCCGCUGCAGUGGCAUUGCCAGCGCUGCUGCCGCAGCUGUGGAGCUCGCCAAGGCCGCUGGCUGGGCCGGGCACGUGGCCGGCACGAGGAAGACCACGCCGGGCUUCCGGCUGGUGGAGAAGUACGGGCUGCUGGUGGGCGGAGCCGCCUGCCACCGGUACGACCUGGGCGGGCUGGUGAUGGUGAAGGACAACCACGUCGUGGCAGCCGGCUGUGUGGACAAGGCCGUGCGGGGCGCCCGGCUGGCAGCCGGCUUCGAGCUGAAGGUGGAGGUGGAGUGCGGCAGCCUGCGGGAGGCGGUCCAGGCGGCCCGCGCUGGUGCUGACCUGGUCAUGCUGGACAACUUCAAGCCUGAGGAGCUGCACCCCACAGCCGCGGCGCUGAAGGCCCAGUUCCCCCGGGUGGCUGUGGAAGCCAGUGGGGGCGUCACCCUGGACAACCUCGCCCAGUUCUGCGGGCCCCACGUCGAUGUCAUCUCUUUGGGGAUGCUGACCCAGGCGGCCCCGGCCCUGGAUUUCUCCCUCAAGCUGUUUGUUGAGGAGGCCGUCACGCCCCGAUUAUAGGCUGAAGAGGAUGGCACGGCUGUGGGUUGACUUGCUCGUGGGGACCCUCGGUCACACAUCUUUAGUUAGGUGGUAAACAAGACCCGCCCAGGGUUGGCCCGGGCUCGGCUCCGCCCCGCCGCCUAGUGCUGUGGGCCUUGCUAGGGUGCAUUCACCGCUGUUCGCCUCAGUUUCCUGAUCAGAAAAUGAGUCUAAUAAAUGAUCAAAUGAUCGGC